AUGUAUGUAAAUCUUGGAAAAUUCUGGGAUGCUUACAAGGUGUUUGAAGAAAUGCCCAUGAGAAGUAAUGUGUAUGUUUUUGAUUGUAUAAUUAACGGGUUUGGAUAUAUUCGGAGUUAUAAGGAUGUUUUGGAUGUUUUUGACAAGAUGGUUGGGUUUUGUGUCGUUCCGAGUGUACAUUCUCUUUGUCAUGUAAUUAAGGCUUGUAGUGAAGUAAAUAGUAUUGAAAAAGGACUUUUUGUAUAUGAUUAUGUGAAAGAACAUAGGUUCGGUGUUCACUUUGUUGUAAUGAAUUCGUUGAUUACAAUGUUUGUGAAAUUGGAUAGGUUGGAUUUUGCGCGAAAAGUUUUUGAUAAUGUGGUUCAUAAGGACAUAGUUUCUUGGAAUUCAAUUAUUACAGGAUAUGCACAAAACAAGAACUGGGAAAAAGUGUUUGACCUUUUUAUAUGCUUAAGGCGAGAUGAAAAUCUGGUCCCGAAUGUUGUUACGUUUUUAGGUUUACUUGCAAGUGUAGGGCAUGCUAAGGAAGCUGGUAUUGGAAUGAGUAUUCAUGGUCACUUGAUAUGUACCGGUUUAUAUUUUGAUGUUCAGUUGGGAACUGCUGUUUUCGAUAUGUAUGCAAAAUGUGAAAGGCUUGACUAUGCUGAAGUUGUAUUUGAAGAAGACUUGAUAAGAAAGACUUUGGUGUCAUGGAAUGCACUGAUUUCUUCAUAUAAACGGAAUGGUUAUGACCGAGAGGCGGUGGAGUUUUUUGAAAGGAUGGUGGUAGAACCAGAUAUACAACCAGAUUCUUUCUCGUUUGCUAACGUACUUCCUGCUUAUAAAAGCCUGGGAAACAUCCAACGAAUUAAGUUAACUCAUUCAGUGAUUAUUAAGAUGGGUCUAGACAUUGAAAAAGACAUUGUUUUGUCCACAGCAUUGUUGGAUGCAUACGGAACGUGUUCAGAUGUGAUAACAGCUGAAUAUUUGUUUGCUUGCAUUCAUCACCCGAAUACUGCAACAUGGAAUGCAUUAAUUUCUGUAUAUAAUAUGAAUAACCUAAUUGAGAAAGGGAUGCUUACAUUUCGUGAAAUUGUUCGCCUGAAGGUGUCUUUCGAUUCUUUAACCAUCGUUGCUAUAUUUCAAUCAUGUGGAUUAUCGGGUUCUCUAAAGCAAGGUAAUAUGAUCCAUGGGUUUUGUUUAUUAAAAGGAUUUUUAUCACAUCUUAUUAUUGGGAAUGCCUUGAUAGACAUGUAUAUGAGAUGUGGAUGCACCAAAAGUGCUGAAGCGUUUUUCAGGUCAAUGUAUAUAGAAAACAUAGUUACAUGGAAUACUAUGAUCUAUGGUUACAUGAAAAACAGAUGUUUCUUCGAUGGUCUUAAAAUCUUUCAUGAAAUGCAAUCAGAGAGUGAGCAUAAACCAGAUUCUGCAUCAAUAAUCUCUUUACUCCAUGGAUCUUAUGGUGUCUCGGCUUGUAAUCUUGAUUUAUAUCAUGCUUAUAUCUUGAAACAAGGUCUGGCUUCUGAAACACAAGUUGUUAAUAGUUUGAUUGAUGCGUAUGCAAAAACUGGAAUUAUCAAAAAGGCUAGAGAAUUGUUUAUGCAAUAUGAUUUUGUGAAAGAUCAGAGCUCAUGGAACAUAAUGAUUGCAGGAUAUGGAAUGAAUGGUCAAGGGGGUGAGUCAAAUCAACUUUUUUAUCAAAUGGUGAAUAAUGGGUAUGCGCCCGAUGCUAUCACAUUCACAUCUUUGCUGUCAUCUUGCAGCCAUUGCGGUCUUGUUAAAGAUGGCUGCAAGUUCUUUGACCUAAUGAUCACCAAGUACAAGAUUCAACCAAGUUUAGAGCACUGGACAUGCAUUAUUGACAUGCUAGGACGGGCAAAUGGGUUGGAAGAAGCAUAUGAUGUGAUCAAAGCCUGGAUUUAUCAGAAAUCAUGCGAGUGUGUCCCAUUGAACAGUGUUGCUGUUUGGGGAGCUCUCUUGAGUGCCUGUAGAAACUACAUGAACAUGGAGGUAGGAGAAAUUGUAGGGCAGAAGCUGUCAAAAAUGGAACCUGGUAAUUCUGAGUAUUACUCACUAAUCUCUAAUAUGUACUCAUCAAACGAGAAAUGGGAAGAAGCAGUAGAAAUCAGGAAAGUUUUUGGAGAUGGGAAAGUGAUAAAGAAACGGGGGUUUAGCAGUUUGAAGAGUUGAUCUACUGAAUAUUGUAGAAGCAAUUACUACAAUAUGAAGUCUCUCACACAAGGCAUUUUACACUUCAAGUCUCAAUCAUCACACAGAGCAGACGGACAUAUUAGGUCUUUUAAAUAUGGCAAUCUCAUGAAACCAAAUCUCAUCUAGCAAAAUGGCUGGAAAUUCAAUCAACAUUGUUGCAAAAGCUGUAGGUGAGUUCCAAAAUUCGUUGCAUGAUAACUUGACAAAAUACAAAGACAGCCUCUUCCAAGGAAAAACGAGUUUCCUAUUUCAGCAAGCUCCUAAGGUAAUCUUGUUCCUGGAUAUGAGAUAUGUAAGUUAACAUCCUUUACUGAUUCACUAUUGUGUCAACCUUUUAAGAUAAUAGGACUCAUGAAUUCUUGUAUAUAUUAAUUCAGUGUUUCAGUUUUGACUA